AUGGGCAAACUCGCCGCUCGGGCUACGGCCAGAGAUAACAUUCUUUCAAGGCGUGAAAUUGAGGGCAUGAUUGCAGAGAACAAACAUAUUGUCAUCUUUGAAGGCAAAGUGCUUAAACUAGAUACUUGGAUCAAGUUUCACCCCGGUGGUUCACUAGCUAUUCAGCACAUGAUAGGCAGAGAUGCCACAGAUGAAGUAAAUGCAUUACACUCCCGAGAAGCGCUCCAGCGAAUGCAAAAGUUUCAGAUUGGUUCUAUUGAAGGAGCAUGGACCAACUUCCUUCCUCCCAUCCAGGGUGGCCAUUUCCGUCCAUACACCGAGUAUGAGAUGGAAAAUGAACUGCUUUCGACUCCAGAACUCUCAGCUGAGGAAUUAUCUGCUCCUCCAUCUCCACUCUUUGAAGCAGUAGAGCCCGAUCUACGACGCCGAUUAUCGAUAUCUACCAUCUCCUCCGCAAUCAGCAGCAUUCCUCCCCCGACAGAGGAAAUCAAAGGAGCAUAUGUGAUGGACGCUCGCACUCGCGAGGAAAUUCUUCUAGAUACAUCCAAGUACCCACCUAUUACCCCGGAAGAACAACACAAAAUCACCCAAAAAUAUCGCCAACUCAAUGAGCGCAUUCGUGCAGCUGGACUGUACAACUGCAACUACUCGGCUUACGCCAUCGAAAUCCUUCGCUAUUCUCUCCUAUUUAGUCUCUUUGUUAUCUGUUUACAACGAUCCUGGUUUGCCUUGUCAGGCUUAUUCUUGGGAUGUUUCUGGCAUCAACUAGUGUUCUCUGCCCAUGAUGCCGGGCAUAUGGGUAUCACUCAUGACUUUCAAAUCGAUACCACUAUUGGCAUGAUCAUUGCCAAUCACUUGGGUGGACUCAGUCUUGGCUGGUGGAAGCGAAGCCAUAAUGUCCACCAUAUCAUGACAAACGCCCCAGAACACGAUCCCGAUAUUGAACUUAUGCCCUUUUUCGCUGUGUCGCAUCGUUUCUUCGACAGCCUACGCAGCACAUACUAUGACCGGAUCAUGGAAUACGACGCAGUUUCUCGACUGGUUGUUAAAUAUCAACACUAUCUUUACUACCCAAUUCUUCUCUUCGGACGUUUCAACCUCUACUUCUUAAGUUGGGAACAUAUCAUUGUCGGUCGCGGGCCUCGUCACGGUGCUGGUUGGUGGCACCGUUGGUUUGAGCUCUCCGGCCAGGUAUUUUUCUGGACUUGGUUCGGUUACGGUGUUGUCUACUCGAGUAUCCCUACCUGGUGGAGUCGUAUUAUCUUCGUCUUGAUUUCCCACAUGGUUACUGCACCCUUACAUGUGCAGAUCACCCUUUCUCACUACGCAAUGUCAACCGCUGAUCUUGGUCCUCUCGAGUCAUUCCCUCAAAAGAUGCUACGGACUACAAUGGACGUGGACUGUCCUCCAUGGCUGGACUUCUUCCACGGAGGUCUGCAAUUCCAGGCAAUUCAUCAUUUAUACCCUCGCAUCCCCCGUCACAACCUCCGCAAGACGCAGGAAUUCGUCAAGGAGUUUUGUGAAGAUGUUAAUAUCCCAUACGCUGUUUUUACCUUCUAUGACGGUAAUAAAGAGGUGAUUGGUCGACUGAAGCAUGUUGCCCAACAAGCUAGAAUCCUGGAGGAGUGUCGAAAGGCGUGUGCGGAACAAGGUGUCUUUGCGGAUCACCAUCAUUCGCACUAA